AUGGCGUUGCGGGACCAGGAGGAGGAGCUGCUGUACCAGGAACGGAAGUCAGAUGAACGCAGCAAGGAGCAUGCGAAGGUCGGUGGCUUCAGCCCUAACCAAUGGGCGCUUGGACGUGAUCCUGGACUGGAUUUGAAGAUGCAUGAGAGCGGACGAGAUGGAGCUCCCAUACACGUCGGACAGCGCGACCCCAAGGAAGCGGUGUCCAAAGCAAUGGCGGUGCGAACUCGAGCUGAGGAAGCGUAUAGCCGGAUGGUGGUGCAGGAGGCGAUCAAUCGCGCUUGGAACUCGAGCCCCAAGAAAGGUGAUACCUACAUGCCGGGUGAUUUGGUGUAUUAUAAGAGGUUUCAGGCUCCUGGACAAGCAGUUGCCCAUGCGGAUGUCGAUGUCACGCGAAGGCGGAUGGCAAGAUGGUUCGGUCCGGCAAGGGUCCUAGCGACGGAGACGCUGUCGCCCUCGGGGAACGCUGAAGAUUCUGUGCCGGGCAAGAUCAUUUGGAUCGUGGCAGCUGGCAGGCUCAAACGUGUCAGCCCGGAGCAACUUUGUUUGGCUUCGCCCAGAGAGCGUUUGAUUGAGGAGGGCACCAACCCAGCAGAUUUUCCGUGGACUAUCCAUGGGAUGCUCAACAAAGUAGAGAAGGGCGAGUUCGACAACUACGAAGACCUCUACCCAGAUGGCGGCCGACUUCCUCUGAUGCAACGCCAUGGUGGCACCGCGGAAAGGAGCCGGUCAUCGGCAAAAGUGGUGAUGGAUGAGUCCCUCGGUGAGGCGGUAGCUCUUCUCAUGGACUCCGAGAAGGGCAAGAGCAACCUCAUGCGGGACCCUGUCAACAGCUACCUGAUUGACGAGCUCGGCAUUGGUGACAAUGAGGUGAUGGCGUGCUUCAGUGUUGACGUGCCCGAGGAUGGCAAGGAGUUCCGGCAAUUUCAACGAGAUCCGGAAGAGUGGCUGGUGAAGAAGAUUAAGAAAUCCCCGGAGGUCAGUCUGUCCAAGAUGGCUCCUGAAAGGAUUGAAGAUUUCCGCAAAGCCAAAGAAGCGGAGGUCACUCAGUGGGUUCGUUCGGCAGCGUGCCGGGCGGUGGAAGGCGGCAGGCUCAUUCCGAAGGACAGGGUGAUGAAGAUGCGGUGGGUCCUCACCGUGAAGGGCAGCGGCGCUGCAAAAGCUCGGAUCGUGAUCGUGGGCUUCACUGACCCUGAUCUUGCUUGCUUGCCUAAGGCUAGCCCAACCAUGAGCCGGAGAUCCAGACAGUUGAUGGCUACCAUGGCGGCGACGGCAGGGUGGUCUCAGCUGAAGUGUGAUGCGAAGAGCGCUUUCCUUCAACAGUCGGAACACGGAGGAAUCGCGAAGCAUUUCUGCGGUACCCCCGGAUGA